CUAAUUUGCUAGUACUAAACUUUUUUCAAUACUUUAUUUUGUUCAUUUAUUUAUUUUAUUUUAUUUUUAUAAAUAUCGUUUAUAUUUUCCCCUGUCAAACGACCUCUUAAGGAAUAACGGUUAUGUAUAGUGUCUCAACUCAUGGCUCCAUAUGCCAUGGCUGAAUUCUUCCAGAAAGCUCACCCAUUCACAUUUCAACGCCAAUCUUUCAGCCUUAUUCAUACACCAAAACCCUGGAGGAGAAAAACAGUUCUGAAUCGAGUACUAACUAAGAAAUCUAUGUAUUAGCCUUCAACCUGUUCGAUAAAUUGCUUCAGUGACUGUUGUUGCAUGCUGCCUGAUGCUUGAUUUUGUUGUCUUAUCUGCACGCAUCUAACUCUGUUCCUCCAGUUUCUGCUUUCAUGUCGUUCAAACUGUUUUCGAUUUCCUGUAUAUCUUACGGAAGCCGUAGAUAUUUUAGGAAUGUAUAUUCAUCACAACCCAGAGUUUAUCUUCCCGAAUUUCUACCAUCUUGGAUCCAGUUGAUCCCUUUUAUUGGGCGUCCACGAGUGUCCAUGUUGUUUCAUACUUCACCAUUUAGACACUGUAUUUGUUCUGGCAGAAGUUUAGUUUUCGUUCAUAGUUUGUCAGCACCCGUGACUCUAUCGGUUGAUUGUGUGGGAAAAAUCAGGCAGCUGUGUACUGUGCUAAAUGGUGAAGCGGGAAACGUAACAGAUAACGACAUCAAUGGUGCUGAUAAGCUGUACAAGAUUGUGGUAGAUUACUCAAACCCGGAUCACAAAAUGGAGGAAGCUCUUGAUGAAGCUGAUUUAGAACUGACGACCCCUAUGGUUGUAGAGGUCCUUCAGAGGCUUCAUUAUGAGGAGAAAUUAGCAUUUAGGUUCUUUACAUGGGCGGGGCAUCGGGACCACUAUAGUCAUGAGCCUCAGGCGUAUAAUGCGAUGAUCGACAUUUUGUCUAGCACAAAAUAUAAGGUGAAACAGUUUCGGAUAGUUUGUGAUCUGCUUGAUUAUAUGAAGAGGAACAACAAGCGUUCGGUCCCUGUUGAAGUGCUGCUGAAAGUACUGCGGCAAUAUGCUGAGAAGUAUUUGACACAUCUACACAAAUUUGCAAAGAAGAAAAAGAUAAGAGUAAAGACACAGCCGGAAACUAAUGCUUUUAAUUUGUUUUUGGAAGCUUUGUGCAAGUGUAGUCUUGUUGAGGAUGCUGAAGCUAUGUUUAGGAGGGUACACAGCAAAAUCAAGCCAAAUGCUGACACAUUUAAUAUCUUGUUCUUUGGAUGGUGCAGGGUCAGAAAUCCGGGUAGGGCAAUGAGUAUACUUGAAGAGAUGAUAGAAACUGGGCAUACUCCUGACAGUUUUACAUAUAAUACUGCCAUUGAUACUUUUUGUAAAGCAGGGAUGAUGACAGAAGCUAUUGAAUUUUUGGAAUUCAUGAAGACCAACGGUUCAACCAUGUCUUCACCUACUGCAAAAUCUUACUCGAUUAUCAUUCUUGCUCUUGUCCAGAGCGAUAGGAUGGAGGAAUGCUCUAAAGUACUUGGGGAUAUGAUCAGUAGCGGUUGCCUUCCUGAUGUCUCCACAUAUAAGGAAGUCAUUGAAGGUAUGUGCUUGGCUGGGAAAGUCGAGGCAGCCUACCAAUUUUUGGAAGAAAUGGGAAGUAGGGGGUACCCUCCCGAUAUUGUCACUUUCAACUGUUUUCUUAAAGUUUUUUGUGAGAGUAAAGAUGCUGACCAAGCUAUGAGGCUUUACCAAAGGAUGAUUGAUGUGGGCUGUAUUCCUAGUGUCCAAACAUUCAAUAUGCUCAUCGAAAUGUAUUUCCAGAUGGGGCACAUUGAUAAAGCAUUUGACACUUGGGAUGAGAUGUAUAAAAGAGGUUGUACACGCGACGUUGAUACUUACUGUGCGAUGAUUGAAGGUCUUUUUGAUUGUAAUAAAACUAAGGAAGCAUGUUGUCUUUUGGAGGACGUUAUGAGUAGGGGAAUGAAAUUACCGUACCAAAAGUUUGAUGCCUUUCUGAUUAAGCUUUCUGCAGCUGGUGAUCUGCAAACUAUCCACAGGCUGUCAGACCACAUGAGGAGAUUCUACAACCCUGCCAUGGCACGGCGUUUUGCACUAAAUCAGAAGAGGAAGAGUUUGAGCUUGAGAGGGAAAUAAUACAUCCUAAAAGAAUGUCUGAUGCCAUUUUUAAUAGUUCUCAUAUGUAGUGUUGCUGAAACCAUCAAUCUUAGUCUUACAGAUUUUGAUGGUCUGGUUAGGGAGAACAUCUUUAAGCUAUAAUGCGUGAAAUUUGAUUGAUCCAUUAGGCGUAUGAAGUAGAAUAUUUAAUGAUUAUUAAGAUUUCAGAGUCAUCAUGUAUCAGUUUCUUGAUUUCUGGUAACUGAGCUGGUUGAAUGAGAGA